GUCUCUCGCUCCUCUGAACAAAACGCGUUUUUGUCGAUAGACCGCCGAUUUUUAUUUUCCUGAUGAUCAUUCGAUAAAAUUCGCGUUCUAAGUAAAUAUGCGCGCGUGCUUUAGUUAUGUAGGUGUCAACACCCGAAGCUAGAUAAUAACUUCUACUAAUAGAGGAUGCCGUUAAAACUGUUCUUCGUUUAAACUAACAAAAAAAAAUGUUAUUUCGACAAGUGAUCAUAAUUCUCGCCUUAGCUAUUCCAUCCACGUUUUGUGCGAACAUACUCUUUGUAACGUUGGUUUCAUCGCGUAGUCAUCACAAAUGGAACGAAGCUUUGGUGCAAAAACUUUUAGAAGGAGGACAUCAAAUCACUUUGAUUGGACACGAAGAAAGUGAUGUUCAAAAUGAAAAUUAUACACUUUUUCAAAUUGAAGGAGCUAAACACUCAUAUUAUGAUAUAGUACAGAGACCAUCAUUGUAUUCUUGGACCGCAAUAGAAAACAUUUACUCAGUAUGGGACUACAAUUACUACAUUUGCCAACACAACCUGAAAUCUCAAGCUUUAAAAGAUCUGAUGAAAUUCCCAAGAGACCACUUUGACUUGAUGGUUUACGAUCUCCACUCCGGGCAGUGCCUUUAUCCUUUAAUCGAGUAUUUUGGAAACCCACCAAUCUUAGGAGUUUCCGCAUUCGGACUUCCGCCGUUCAUCGCAGACGUUAUAGGCGCUCACGUUUACUCGUACAUCCCGUUUUACACCUUACCCUACAGCGAUAAGAUGAAUCGUUGGCAAAGAGGAUACAAUAAAGUUUUGCAAACGCUAGAUAGCAUAAUUAAGUGGUGUUUUUACAUGCCACCUAUGUAUAUGGAAGCGCAAAAAUAUUUCCACGAAGAUAUUAAAUAUUUCCAAGAGGUCGAGAGGCAGGUUUCGAUUUUAUUAACGAAUAAUGAUCCAAUUUUGGAUUACCCACAACCGUUUCCGCCGAAUAUUAUUCCAGUCGGUGGGAUGCAUAUAAAUAAAAUUAAAAAGUUGGAUCUAGAAACAGUGUUUGAAAAAUCCGACAGAGUUAUUUAUGUGUCAAUUGCGACAGAUAUCAUUCAAAAUCACAUGAAUUCUGGUACCAUAGAAGAUUUUCUACAAGUUUUUAACGAAUUAAACGAAACUAUCUUAUGGGCUUACGAAGAUGAAACAAUUAAAGUACCCAAAAAUGUAAUUGUAAGAAAGUGGUUCCCACAAAAUGAUAUUUUAGGUAACAAAAAAGUUAAAUUAUUCAUUACUCAUUGUGGUUGGUUAAGUAUUCAAGAGGCUAUUUAUCAUGGAGUUCCGUUGAUUGGCAUUCCCGUUUUUAUCGAUCAUCAUAAUAACGCAGCCAAAAUCUUAUCAAAAACAAUUGGCAAAACUUUAGAUUACAAAUCGUUGAACAGUCGGAUUUUACACGAGUCGAUUAGAGAAGUAAUUGAUAACCUUGAUUACAAGAAUCGAAUCGAUAGGUUAUCAAAAUUAUUUCAAGAUCAACCUCAAUCUCCUUUGGAUCGAGCAGUUUUCUGGAUGGAGUACAUUUUGAGGAACAACAAUUCGGAACAUUUCAACACGGCCGAAAGAUUUUUGCCGUGGUACGAAAAAAUUAGUACGGAAGUGUUGAUUAUAGCCGCAUUAUCUUUGAUUUUAUUUGUGUACGCGAUGCAAUCUAUUUACGUUUUGACUGUGAGUGCUAUUUAUAUGAACAACGAACCAGUUAAAACGAAAAAGAAGAAACACAAAACUAAACAGAGUUAAAGUGAAAAAUGUUGCGUAGUUAAUUUUUUAAUUUAUUCACUGUGAUGUUGACAACUUUUAUUAGGUAUUUAUUGUUGCUAAAUAAUAAACUUAAAAUCUUUGAUAAAUA